AGAGUGGAGCUAUUGGGGGAUGUGGAGGAGGGGGGGAGACAAACACCUCCAAUAGACACCCCCAUCCAACCCUCACCCUCAACCCCACCCUCAUCCAUAUUUUCACCCAUAUCCUCAACUCCACCCAUAACCACCCCUACACCUACCAACCCCUUAGAAAGACAGCAGCAGAAUGGUUCCCAGGACCCAGGCCCAGACUAUAAACCUAAACCUCCCUCCAAGUUUGUCAGUUCUCUGUCCAUCUCCUUUGAUAAGAGCCCUUCCCCCAGCGGGCCUACAAGUCCCAUGAGCCCCCAUUCUCCCACAACGCCGCUGUCCCCCGCUAGAGGAGCUCAGAGCCACACCCACUACGGACACACAGAGUGCAGUGUGAAUGUAUCCUCUGUUAGUUUGGAGCAGACGGCUAGACCAGCCUUCGCCAGACAGAGCUCUAGGACCGUCUCCUUCAGGAUGCUGAGGAAGAAAGAGGAGGAAAGCAUGCCUUUACAGAGGAGUGCCAGCGUCCGGAUGGCCUCCAAGACAUUUGAACCCAGUAGCUCGGACCAGACCGAGGACCAGGACAAAGCAGCACAUUUCCAAAGGAAUUCCAGACAAAGGGUGUCAUCCCGUUCCAUCCAGGAGAAGAUGGAGAGACUGGCCCAUGCAGCUCAGAAGUCUGAGUCUCCACGUUCUCCCGACGUUGCCCAGAGGACCCUGUUCCUGCUGGAUGAGGUUUCGAAGAAGAGAGGCCUAUUUGAAAAGGAUCAGGCAGCAGCUCCAUGCAGCCCUGGGGUCCUCAGACAGGAAACUCGCAGAUUCGCAUCUGGAAUCUCCAACCACAUCAACCGCUGGGUCAGCAAGACCAACAGACCUGGCGGCUCUGUCCACAAACCCAUGGAUCUGCAUCAUGUUGAUAUCUCCAGUAAGCGGAGUACGUUUGAGAGUGCAGGGAGGACAGCUUUCCUAACCCAAACCCCCCACACCAAGGUCGAUAAGUGA